UUUCUCUGUGUAGUUGUUCGCCAUUUUGAUAUGUUGUUGAUGGUGUUAUGAUGUGUGAGGUUUGGAGGUUUGGUGUUAAUGACUCGGUAUUUGUGAUUCCGUCGAUGUCAAUUCGUCUUUAAAAUUGUGGCUUCUCGUAUUUUAUUGCUAAACUGAUUUUUCUGUGCGUGUGUGCGUGUUUGGAUCAGUUGCGCCAAGACUUGUGAUCUUCGUCAAUGAACAAUACCAAACAAGUUCCCAAAUUCUCAUCUCACUGCCGCAGUUCAGUUCAGCAACCAGUUCAAUGUCUUCUGGCACUGGAUUGAUAAUCAAAGUGUUAACCUUGAACUGCUGGGGUAUCGUUGGUAUUUCCAAAGAUCGAGCAGACAGAAUGGCAGCAAUUGCAGAUGUGCUGAGCAGUGGCAAGUUUGACAUUGUAUGUCUGCAAGAGCUUUGGUCUCAGGACGACUACAACAACAUUGUCCUUCGAGUUCAGAAAGUACUCCCAUUCACCCACUACUUCUUCAGUGGAGUGACAGGUUCAGGACUCAGUAUUCUGUCUCGAUAUCCGUUUGAGUCAUUCAUCUUCCACCAGUGGUCAGUCAACGGUUACAUCCACAAGAUUUUCCAUGGAGAUUGGUUUGGAGGUAAAGGUGUUGGACUGUGUCGAGUAACAGUUCAAGGGCUCAACAUCAAUAUUUACACUACUCAUCUGCACGCUCAGUAUAAUGAUGACGAUGAGUAUCUGGCACACCGUGUUGUGCAAGCAUUUGACACAGCUCAGUUUGUGGACCUGACAUCUGGAGCGGCUCAUCUGUCAAUAUUGGCUGGUGAUCUCAACACUCAGCCUGGAGAGUUGUGUCAUAGACUAGUUCAGCACACGGCUCACCUCAGAGAUGCUUAUGAAAAGAAUUCAGAGGGCUCUGACAUUGGCACGUAUGACUGCAGUCGCAACAGUUAUGCUAACAGCAGAGAAGUUUCUAGGAAUCCUAAUGGGGUGCGGAUAGACCACAUAUUCUACCGGCCUGGCUUGGGGGCUCAAGUGGAGCUGCAGAACUAUACGAUGCCACUGGCUGAGCGAGUGCCUGGAGAGAGCUUCAGCUACUCUGACCAUGAAGCCAUUGCUGCCACUUUUAAAAUAACACCUUCUAUCCAUCACAAUAUGGCUGACCACAUGUUUAGCAAGCCAGAGGAGAUGAUGACGUGUCUGUGCGAAGGCACAGGUGUCAUCAGUGAGGCCGUCAAGCAGCUUUACUGGUCUCGGGUGCACUACUGGAGCAUGAUUAGUACAAUCAUCUUCGGUCUUGCGUGCCUCUGCCUUUUCUCUGACAUUCCCGAAACAUACUCUCGUGCAUUCCAACUGUCUCUGGUAAUCCUCACUGCUGUCAUCAUCUUCGCUUUCAUCAUGGCUACGGUGUGGAACAAGAUUGAGCAGAACGCUCUCCGCAGCACUAUGAUGGCUAUGCAGUUCAUGGCUACUAGGGUCAACGGUUCCUCUCCAGAGACUAACUCUAGCAUUCUAUCGACUGAGAUCCAAGAAGAAGGGACACGCCAACGCUUGCCAUUUACAUUGAAAAAUUGAAGAGUUGCUGGAAAGAGAUGAAGCUGACUGACCCAUCCCUUCAACUGCUCAAUCACUAAUAAAAAUCCAUAAUGUAAGAGGAAUUGAGAAUAAUGAAGAUGAUAUAAUGAGAUUAUUACUAGUAUAACUGGUAAGCAGGAUGAUGAUCACCCAAAAUUUCUCUACUUUGUACUUGAGGGACACACCUAAAUACAGUGAAUUUGUAUUGGUCUCAAACAAGACAAACGAGGGUUGCUAUUUUAUAUUUCUGGCCUAACAAUGAAAAAAACAAGUAUUUAUGAAUGAAUCUAGUUUAAUUGUUUUUCAAACUAUUCUCCAUUAAGAUUAAUAUUUUUUUCCAUGCGUUUAAACCAAUUUUUGAAGCAAUUUUGCCACCCAGACUAAGAUAGUUCCAAAAUAUACAAUUUUAACACAAAAAUUGCUUUUUCUGAUGUUGAAAAUCAUUGACCACGCAGUUUGUUUUUGAUGUGCAGGGCUGUAAGGUGGAUCGCUAAUCAACUUGACCUUCUAAUGGUUAAAUUCAAUUGUUUGAGCGGUGGUGUUAGCUUGCAUUGCCAUGAUGAAUGAUUCGCUCCAUGUUUUCCACAUUUCUCCAAUGACUUCUGUCAAACAAAUGGUUGUGUACCAUUCAGAUUGACUGUCUUAACGUUGCUCUAACACUAUUACCACAUUACGGGUAAUGCCAAAGCAAAAGGCAACGAUUUAAUUAAGUGCUUCAUCUGUGUAAAACUUUUGUUGGAUUUGACUCAUCUUUAAAGACUCAGACAGUUGAUUGCUAUUUGUUUCGGGGGCACCUAAGCAGAUGUUAUACACAGUCUUUGAUGCACUUUUUGCAUUUUUUCUACAUUUCAAUGCACUAGUCGAUGCAACCCUUCUUUUGAGCAUUGGUCAGGUCCUGGGAGUUCCAACGGGAACAACUUUUUUAACUACCAAAUGAUCAUGUAGCAUCUUUUUGAUGCUAGUCACACUAAUGCCCACAGUUGCCUCAGUCUCACAUGAUGAUAUUGUUUAAUCAGUUCAAGCAUAGCAUCGAUAUUUUCAGCCACAACAGAAUUUGGACGGCCUUUACGGAUUUCAUCCUGGAGUGAACAUCGGCCACGUCUGAACUUUUUAUAGCAGUUUUUUACAAUGCUGUAGGAUGGGGCUUCAUCGCUAAUGUAUUAAGUUCAUUGAUACACUCUUGUCAUGAUAAUCCAUGUUGAAAAAUAAUUAUAUGAAAGUGUUCAAGGGUCAAUUCCAUUUUUUUUUUACUAGGGACUAGACUUUUCAAUUAACUGCAAAACUGUAAUAACUGUAAACAAUACUAAUUGCAAAAUUACAAAAUAUUGUGGGGUUAAGGUUAUGUUCAACAAUGUAAAAUUUACACCAAAGAUGUCAACUGAUGACUGGAAACGGUCAGAGUUGCCAAGGUCAAAAUAUAAAUAGCCAACCUCGUAUCAUUGGCCAGUUGGUGUGACAUGGGUGUACAAUUACUGCUACAGCAAUAACAAUCAUGGCACAACUAAUAUGGCACAAUGUAGAAACAUAGGGAAGUGUUCAAGACACUUCUAGAUUAUUUAACAUUAUUUAUCAAUUACUGAAAAUAAACAUUGUUGAGUAUUUAAAUAACUAUAUAAAUAAAUAUAAGAGUUUAAUUUUUGGACUACCGUCAUAUUUCAUAAAUUUAUUAUAACCAUGUUGGUUUCACCAUUGCAGUAUGCUCAUUAUGUAAUUAAAGAAAAUAAGCUAGAUUGGGAGUGAGGGUAGAGAGAGGUGGCCAGGAAUUUUUGCUAAUUACUUUUUCGUUUCAAAAAGGAUUAUUUUGGUAGUUUUUUAUCCUGUCCAUAAUUUUGUUAUAUUUCUUCCUUAAACAUAUUUGUUUAAUAUACCGGUAGCUAAAGUGAUCUGAUUACAAAAUAAGGUGAUUUAGUUAGAUCUGUUAAUUUAAUUUUCCAACUCACUUUUUGUUAGUAAAAACUUUUGACAAUCUAAAUGUUUGAUGUUUAAUCUGUGAUACAAAAAAUAUAUCAUCCAUUAUUUUCACAGAAAUUUUCAUUUAUAGGAAGCUAAGUGAUUCUUGCUCAAAUUCUUGAAUAUGUUGGAGAAAAUAGGUCGAGACACUACUUUACUUUACUUUGAGAGCUUAGUAGUAAAGGUAAUAGCAGUUGCAUAAUUACUAACUGAGUUAGUACAAUUCUUUUUAUUUAUGUGUGAUCUAAUUUUAGCCAAAAUUUAAUAGACAACUCAAAUGCAAAUAACUUCUAAAAUUAAAUAGAAAUAUAGUAAAUCAUCUCCAUAUGUACUGUAUAUGGGAUAUACAUAUGGAGAUGAUUUCAGGAGGUUUUGGGAGUAGUAUACUGGCCAUCUAAUUAAAAUUUGCAUUUUGCCAAGCAGUAGUUCUUGUAUAAUUGCAAGUAAUUGUCAGUUUGAUGCCUCAAGUUUAUAUUUGUUAGUCAUUUAAGGCACAGAUAAUGUCAAACCAAGUGCUAAUUAGUUUUUACUCCUUAUAAUUAUCAGUUGAUAAGAUGUAAGCAUCAAGCUAUAUUUAGCAUUGAGUCAAUCAAAACAUUUGUUGUAAAUAAUAACCAGAAACAUUUUAUUUUAAAGUUUUAUUCUUUUAUAAAAUUGUAUCUUUACUACAAAUAUAUAUUAAAUAUAACUUUUUAAGUUCCUUACAACAUAUAAUAAACAAAAUCACAUUGCAUUUGUCUUAAUACUAACAAAAUGCUUAGUUUAAUUUUAUAUAUCUCUAGUCUGUUUUUAGAGUUAAAUAUCCAAGAUACAUAAAGUUGUCUUAUUUUGUGUAUAACCUUAACUGUGACAGCCCUUUAUAUACAUAUAGUAUACAUUACACAACCAGACUUAACAUUCCAACAUUGACUAAUCACCACCAUUGUGCCAACAUUCAUUAGCUUUUAUUAAAACCUGAAAACUACUCCUUUAAUACUACUAUCGUUAACUUAAAUCAGUCUGUGAUUAUUAAAAUACUGUAAUUUAAGAAGUGUAAUGUAAACAGUCAAUAAAAUAAUUAUAGUAGUCCUCCUAUUUUCUUUAUUUGGGAUUUGGAUGGAGGAUACACGUUUUUGUGUGGUCAACUAUUUAAUAUCAAUUAAAAUCUAAUAAUUUUUUUUAUAUAUUUGUUACCAACAUAAAUAAAAAUUGAGAAUGUGGAAAUGUUAAAGUCUUUUUGUAUUUUAUUUUUAUUACGACAAGAAGUAAAAUAAAAUUAUGGCAACUGUACAGUGCAACCUUGUUAAGUCGGACCGCCUUAUAUCGGAUAUCCGGGUAACCCGGAUCAGUUCGGGAAAAUUUUUAAUUUGCUUUUAGUCAUCCGUGCAGACUGCUGAUCGUGGGGGGUAGACUGUUCAUAGAACUCAACAAUUACAUGUAUUGCGACUUGUUGUGAAAAAGAUGCCUAUAACAGGGAGGAUACUUAAGAAGAAAACAAUGAAAAUACCACAGUUAUAAUUCAUGCAGAAACAGCAUCUCAUGUGGGCGAUUUAAUGGUUUAUUUUGAGCAAACAAGAAGAGACAACACAGGUCGAGCUUCUCAUUUUGAAAAGGAUGCAUGAACACAUGGCAUGCAAUCGGCCUUCAAAUCUGACAUGAUAAUUAAAAAAAACUAUUAUCUACUGUAUUACACUUUAUUGUGAUGUGUAUUUUAAGUUUUUUCCGCAAUAAACAAAUAUUGUAUUGUUUUUACGUGUUGUUCUAUAUUUUUUCAACAUUCUCCAGUUAACCUGGAUUUUCGUUGUUGGAUCGGCUGCGGACUUGGUUAGUCCAACUUAACAAAGUUACACUGUAUUGAACAUUUUUCAUUCAUGGCAUUACACAGAUUUCACAUGUAUUAUAUAAUCUACAUUUAAAAUUAAUAACAUAAUAAUUACAUUUUUAUUUCAGUUGUCACCAUUAUGUCUUAUUAAUUUUUUUACAUUAUCUUUGUUAUUCACAAUAAACAUAUAGAUACUUAAACAGGUACUUUUUAGAUCUACUGGUAAGAGUGUUUAUAAUUGUAUUACUAACAAUUGUAAUAAUUUUACUUGAAAAGUAAUCUGAUGAAGAAUCUCUAAAUUGAGAGUAAAAAUUAUUUUCUUUAA